GGAAGCCUGCUCGACGAUGGAAGUGCGCGGCUUCAGGACCAUGGACAGCGUCAGGGGCGUCCUCUGCCUUCUCGGCACGCUGACACGACUCCUCGUGAUGGCUGAGCAGGAGAGUGAAAAUCUUUCGGGACUGUCUACCAACCCGGACAAAGACAUCUUUGCCGUGCGGGAGAAUGGCACGACUUGCCUGAUGGCAGAGUUUGCCGGCAAAUUCGUCAUACCAUACGACGUUCUCGCACUGAAUGGCAUUGAUCUGAUUACAGAGACGGUGAGCGUGCCCCUACCGCGAGGGGCAGGGGUGGAGGGGAGGUGCGGACCCACCGAAGCGGAGCUGCACAUCUUCUGGGCAAAUAACGCCUACAUCUUCCGCCUCUACUUUGUAAAGGAGACGCGACGUGAUAAAUACACGAAAAAGGAAAGCGAGAUCUGGAAGAUUAACCAGGUGCAGUUGGUCUAUGAUACCUCUGAGACGACGCAUUUUAUCAAUGCAUACAAUCCCGGGAAGCACACGGCCAAUUCGCACAAGCUGUCGGCCUUGGUGACGCCGGCGGGUCUCUCCUACGUGUGCACGGCUCAGCAGACCCUCACGCUGCUCUCCACGGACCACCAGAAGGGAGUCACGGUCUCCCUCUCCGACAUCCAGAUACAGCCCUUCGACAUCAAUAGCGACUUCAUGUUCAGUGAAGUCUACAAGUGCAUCACGGACCAGCACGAGCAGUUGGAGGAGACCCUUCCCCUGGUGCUGGGCCUGAUCCUGGCCCUCAUCAUCGUGCUGACCCUCUCCAUCUACCACUUCCACCUCAAGCUCACCGCGCAGGAGCCCCAGCUGCCCCGCGACCGCACCAUGUACAAGAACAUGUGA